GCGGAAUCAGAGGUGACUGCCGAUCAAUUCAAAUGUGCCUUUCCCGAUAUCGAUGAGAAUUUACGUAAUCAACGUUGGGAUGGCUUUCAAAAAUCUGGCUGGAAGCCGGCGAACAAUGAAGAGGCCGCUUGUCUCCUUGCUCAUGUAUCUCAAGAGACAGAUAGCCUGAAGACAUUGGAAGAAUACUGUGGCCAAGAUGGAACAUGUAAAGACAAUUAUCAAACAUGCGAUUGGAAUGGUGCACCAGCUGCUGUUCCAGGUCACUACUAUUGGGGCCGAGGAGCAUUGCAAAUUUCUUAUCCAUGCAAUUAUAAGGGAGCAGGCGAUGCACUUCAAGUUGAUUUGCUCAAUAAUCCCGAGCAAGUGGCUACCAAUCAAGCACUCGCAUGGAAAGUAGGCGUGUGGUUUUAUACGGACAAACAAAUGAGU